GGCGACCGCGAGCCGAACGGUUUAUUCGUCUGCCGCCCGCUAGCAGCACCACACGGCUCCCAACAGCGGAAGCGCCAAACGAAAACACAAGUUUUGUGAAUUAAAAAAGAAAGUUUUAUUGCGUUGAAUGCUAGUAGUAUUAUCAGAAUGUCGACUCUGCUCGAAGUUUGUGGACCCCUCUCACCGCCGUCAACGCCACCGUUGAUGGAAAACAAAGUCGAGUUACCUUACAAGAAGGCUGCAGUGAAGCGCGCCCGCGAGUCUCCGCCGCCCACCGGGCUGGUGACGCCGCAGCCCUCGGACUCGGAGGGCGAGGAGGAGUGCAACAAGCGCGCGCGCUGCGAGCUGGCGCGCCUGCUGCUCAGCACGCCGCCGCCCGAGCCCUGCUGCCGGCCCUCCGUCAUCAUGCGCGCGCACAAGGACGGCACCUGCAGCCCCGAGCCGCUGCCGCCGCCGCCGCAGGACAUCAACAUGAACAUCCUCAAAACGCUCAAAUUCAAAAUGAAUAGAGGGCACAGUUACUCGCAAGCUAAAUACAUUGCGUCACAAGCUCAAGUAGUGCCACCGAUCACAGUGGAGCCUCCCAGCCCGCCGCCCAAGGUGGAGGAGGCUCGCGUGCCGUCGCCGCACCCCGAGUGCCUGCCCGCGCACGUUGAGGCGCGCGACGAGCAGCGCGUGCCGCAGGCGCCGUCCCCGGCUGCCACCCCGGGCUGGGUGCCGCUGGCGCCGCGCCCCGCGCCCGCCGUGCUCAUGCCCGGCACGCUGCUGCCCACCACAGCGCUAUGGCUAGUAGCCCCGGCCCCCGCCGCGCGCCGCCGCCUCUAUGAGUGCUCCUACCCCGGCUGCGGGAAAAACUACUUCAAAUCGUCCCACCUGAAAGCGCACGCCAGGACCCACACAGGCGAGCGUCCGUUCCGUUGCGCGUGGCCAGGCUGUGAGCGCCGGUUCUCGCGCUCGGACGAGCUGUCCCGUCACAAGCGCACACACACGGGAGAGAAGAAGUUCGGAUGCCGCGUGUGCAGCCGGCGCUUCAUGCGCUCCGACCACCUCGCCAAGCACGUGAAGAGACACAGCAAGGAGCGCGCGCCGGCGCCCGUGCUCAAGCUGCUGCCCUCGCCGCUGCCCGUGCACGCAGUCGCGCCCGCGCACUGAGCGCCGGCUCGACAUACCUCGACUGUGAUCCAGAUCUCAUGAUCGUUACCUAGUUGUAGUUGUACUCAUCUCUAAGACUGUCCUAUGUCUACUUAAGUAGCAUCUAUAUGUAAGGAAAUAUGUUAUUGUUAGCGACGUUAAGCUUCCAAAAGAUUAAACUGAAUUAUUUAUACAA